AUGGAGCGCCGCGGCAAGCCGCCUACCCUGGACGACGAUGGCCUGCGGAAUUCCCGGCGCAGUGAGAGAGACGACGACGAUGACCUCCAGCGCUCACAGACGGAGGAUCGCAAGGGUUCAAGAACGUCGGCGUCCUCUUCCGCAGCAGCAGCAGCAGCCCGACCGAGGGUUUCCUCCGUCUCCGCGCCGGUAAAGCCUCCGGUGGCCCCUUCUCUCGGAGCGCCUGCUGUCCUGGCGGCGCCAGCUUCCCCGGCUGCCUCGCCGACGGGCUCACCAGCUGCGAGCCCUGCGAGCCUGGCCGGCGGUGCUCAGCGAAAACUCCUAGACAGAGCGUUUCUGUCGACCACGAUGGCCUGGGGAAACUCGAAGUCCCAGCAGGGCAACAAGUGGAGCUCCACCGCGGGAUUUAAGGAUUCCCUCACCGGGCAGGAGGUUUCCCGUGCACAGGCCAUGGCAGAAAUUGCCAAGCUGCAGAAGGAGUCGGCCAUGCGUAUCCUGAACGUCCUGGAAGGUAGCAUCCCGAGCUUAGAAGGAGACAACUUCGUGCGCAUGGCGCUUCUCGAGAAGCUGGAUAUGGAACUGGACAAGUCCAAACAGAUGCUCCAGCAGCGCUGCAGGGAGCUGUUGGGCAGUGAUCUGGCUGAGCUUCGGAUCCAGAAGACAGAAAGAAAGGCCUUGCUGGACAAGAUCGACCGCAUCAACCGGCAAAACACCCAGGAAAUCUCUGCACUGCGAAGUCAGGUGUGGGACAUUCCGGAGAGCAGCAAAUCGCUCGUUCAGCGCGUCCUUCUGGAAGCACAAGCUUCUCCCAGUACAGGUGAGUUGGGACGCGAGGGCCAAGCAUGCAUGCUCGCCACCAUGGAGCAGAAACUGGUCCAGGUCUUGUCUCCCAACGGCUCCAAAGAUGAUGGCCAGGUCCCCAAACAGCCAUCCAGGCUGGAGAACUCCUUCGUCCAGGAACGCGUGGCCACGCUCAAGCAGCAAAUGGCCGCGCUGACGGAGCAGGUUGCAACCACGAAGCGGCAAAUCAGCGCUCUUGUUGCGGCGAAGGAGGAGCUGACGGAGGAGCUCCAGAGCAGACGAGGCGAGCGGUCCUCUGGCCCGAGCUCCUCCGCUUCCUUGGCCUCCGUCUCCAACCGGUCCAGGAGCCCCUUACAUGCGCCCUUGGCUCUACCCAAAGGGCGGCCCAAUCCCAAGGAUCCCCGAAGGCGGAUGGACACUAGCUCCUCUGCCUCGAAUGACAGCCGGCCUUGA